AGAGAAAAGAACAAGCGCUGCAAUGAAGUCGUUGAUCCUGCUCGGACUGGCGUCACUGCUGGUAUGCCUCUGCGCAGUUCACCGCUGCCAAUCAUACGCCAUAACAGACGUAGGCAACGCCCAGGCACUCACCUACUACGACCACGAUGAGAUGACUGCAUUCCUGAAGUACACCAGUGAACGCUACCCAGAUUUCACCAAGCUCUACACUAUUGGAAAGUCUGUCGAAGGACGUGACUUGUGGGUUCUGCUGGUGACCAGGGACCCGGAUAAUGAAGUACUCCUCAAGCCGAACGUCAAAUACGUUGCCAAUAUUCACGGCGAUGAGACUGUCGGCCGCCAGCUGAUGGUGUACCUGAUCUCGCACCUGCUGAUUCAAUACAAUGUGGACCCGCACGUACGCCACCUGGUGGACAAUACGCGUAUCCACAUCAUGCCCAGCAUGAACCCCGAUGGAUUCGCUGUCGCCAAGGAGGGCAUCUGCGACGGCGUCACGGGAAGGGAGAACGCUCGUGGCGUGGACCUCAACCGCAACUUUCCAAACCGCUACCACACGCAGACAGAUGAGGAACAGCCCGAGACCACGGCAGUUCGAGCGUGGUCGCACAACAUCCCGUUCGUGCUCGCGGCCAGUCUGCACGGCGGCGUCCUCGUGGCCAGCUACCCCUACGACCACGCUGCCUCCUGCCUGGAUGGUAAAUACGAGACGGGACCCAAGGCUUCGUUGACGUCCGACGAUGACGUUUUCCGACACCUCGCAAGAGUCUACUCGUUCAACCAUGCCCGCAUGCAUCUGGGCGAGACUUGCACCUACAACGGUGUAGGGUUCCAGAAUGGUACUACUAAUGGCGCCGCCUGGUACGCCUUCCAAGGAAGCAUGGCUGACUUCAACUACAUUCACGAAGGCUGUCUGGAUGUGACGCUGGAGGUUUCAUGUUGCAAGUUCCCGCACAGUAGUGAGCUGCCGCGCAUGUGGGAGGAGAACAAGAGGCCCCUCCUCGCUUACUUGGGCGAAGUUCACAAAGGCGUACGUGGCAUCAUAAUGGACGACAAAGGCCUUCCCGUCGCUAGAGCCUCUGUGCGCACCACGGACCGCAAAAGUAAAUUCAUGACAUCGUCCAGAGGCGAAUACUGGAAGAUACUAAGACCUGGCAGCUACACAUUAGUGGUGACUGCACCUGGGUUUCAAGAUACCACACACAAUUUCAGCGUCUAUGAAGGAGAGAUGACCAUUGUGAAUGUGACGCUCAAGACAUUGCCCAAGGAAGACGAAUGUUUGAGGCAAAUUUUGAACGAAAAAGACCGGAAAGCCACUGUGGGAUGA